CUACACCAUGCCACAACCCAACAAAGUGCCCCACAUGUUUAAAACCAGGUCAUUCAGCAGGGACAAUGGAGUGCCCCAAGUACAACAACAGUCAACAGAUAAUUAAAUUUGCCUACGAAAACAGGAUCCCCAUCACAGAAGCCAGCAAAAUCCUGAACAACCCGGAACCCAUGAGACCAACCCAGCUACCAAAAUUCAAAACCUCCACCAACACCGACCCUGAAGUAGAAGACCUCCGUCGCGAAAUCGACUACCUAAGGAAACAAAUCGAAGGAAUUACCAUAAUACAACCCACUACAACAGCAAGGAUCGCAGCCCUCGAAGAUACAGUAGCAGACAUACAAGAGAAAAUAACCCCACUCACCAACCUGCCAUCGACAAUUGAAAAAAUCAAAAAGGAUAUGGAAUCUGGAUUCACCUCCCAACUGUCAGCAAUCACAGCCCCUCUCCAAAGCAUCCGACCACCCGCCAAACCACCCAACAAACCACCAACUAACACUACAGAUAAAAGUCGAAAAUGAUUAAGCCGAUCAAGAUCAUCCAAUGGAAUGCCCGAAGUCUUUAUAAAGCAAAAUUACAAGAAUUUAAAUACAACAUAAGAUACCAUGACCCACACAUUGUUAUAAUCAGUGAAACUUUUUGGAAAGAUGGAUA